AUGGUGUUCGAAGAUGGAAAUCCCGAAUGGAUCAAAGUUGGUCUUCCAAUUACUUUUCGUCGGAUGCAUGUUGCUGCACCUCCCCUACCUCAACGAAGACUAAGAAAGAUGCCAACCUAUCGAGCUGAAGAAGGACAGCAUCCACAGGAGCAAGCCCCAGCCACCUUAGACAUGCACCAAUUACAAGAGGCUAUUGAUACCUUGUCAAGGCAAUGCAUGGAAAAUCAAGGGGCACAGAAGGAGCUUCAAAUGCAAAUAAUGGACCAUCAAGAAGAGUCACUCUCUAGAUGGAUGAAUCAACAAGGGGAAUGGCAAAAACAAAUGAUGAAACAGCAAUUGGAACAAGGGAGACAAUGGAGUGAGUCCUUCCACAACCUGAACCAAAAGCAAGAUCAACAACAAGAAGCCAUCCAAAAGCUAAUCAACAUCCAAACACAUCAAGGUGCACACAUUCAUGAGAUGCAUCGGAAACAAAGAGAACAGGUAGAUCUUUUCGAUGAAUACAGAGCAUUUUUGGAAGGGGUUUAUAUGAGUGAGAUAGGAUACUGA